UGUAUAUCCAUCUUGCAUGAGAUACAAAAGUACUGAGAAGUGCAAGUAAACGAGUACACGAUAACGAGAGAGAAUAGCUGAAAAACUUCAGUCUAUAUUGUUUACAACCUACAGCUGGACCAACUGGUCCACGAUUUCUGUAGAUUGUUUCACCUGGUUUCACCAUAACUCUGAUAGAAGAGUUAACCUCAACAUCCGUCUGCAGAUUUUCUCGCCGUAAAUGUAUGUGACAUAUCUACGUGAAAGACAGUUUUGUUAAAAUAUAUGAUAAUAUGAUGAUAGAAUAAAUACAAAGGAUCUCGUCAGAGGAGGGGCGUAGAUCACAGAUAUUUAAUUCUUAAGAUAGCGAAGAUGGCACUCGCUCCAAAAGAUCUCUUAAAACUGAUGGAACUCCUCGACGAGGAGAACCUGGAAAUCAGUUUGGAAAGUCUUUGCAGUCAAUUGCAUCAGAGCUUUUCUAAAGAGGAUCGCUUCAAGGUGGGCAUGGCACUAUUGCUGCACUUGCAGCACGUCGAUCUGCUGCCCAAACAUACUCAGCGAGUCGUAGCAUUGACAUUGUUGUAUGAUCUAUACCGUGGCGAAUCAUUAGCUUCCACGCCUUUUGCCUCUGUAUUUGUACAGGUAUUGAAGCCACAGGAAGACACCAAUAACGGAAAUGCAAGACCGUCUAAUCAUACAGGUCACAUACCGUUCCUAUCUAAUUGCGAAAAGAAUUUGCUUGUCAACUUGCUGGGAUACAAUCAGAAAGAUGUUAUGAAGAAAACACCACGGCAGAUCGUGGACGAAUUCUCAUUCGCCACUGUACCAUCUAUCGACCUGACCAAUCUGCAAUUGCAGCUAGCAGAACAUCAGUCCGAACUGCCGUCGGUUAGCAGAUGCGGGAAUCCUAUAAUAUUACCCGAUAUGGAUCAUUCCAAAGUGGUGGAGCAUGACAAAACUACUGCGAGAAACGUGCUAGAAACCCUCACCACUGGCGAUCCACCUUUAUACAGGCAAAGCUACCGUCCCGAAUUUUUGAGACUCGCACCACCGAUUUAUCAUUCCAUGAAUGAAAUAGCUUGGCUCCACGUCACGGAACCGGCUCAAUUUACCAUUGAAUAUGACACCAGUAUGUGUGUAUCAAAUUGUGCUAGUGCGGAAGCACGUAAACUCAUGGGCAAAGCUUUUAAGAAUGUUCUAACACUGGCGCAACAGCAACAUCUAAUCAAUGAGCUGGACAAAGAUCCUAAGCUUGUUUAUCAUAUUGGACUCACACCUCCUAAACUACCAGAUCUGGUUGAGAAUAAUCCUCUAAUCGCUAUUGAAGUUCUACUGAAGUUGAUGCAAUCUAGCCAGAUUACAGAAUAUUUUAGCGUCUUAGUAAACAUGGAAAUGUCCCUUCACUCCAUGGAGGUUGUGAAUAGAUUAACUACCACAGUGGACUUACCUACGGAAUUUGUACAUUUAUAUAUCAGCAAUUGUAUAUCCACUUGCGAAACUAUCAAAGAUCGUUACAUGCAGAAUCGAUUGGUAAGACUUGUUUGUGUGUUUCUACAAUCCUUAAUAAGAAACAAGAUCAUAAAUGUGCAAGAAUUAUUUAUCGAGAUUCAAGCAUUUUGUGUUGAAUUCAGUCGUAUCAGGGAAGCUGCUGCAUUAUUUCGGCUUCUAAAACAACUUGAGUCUGGUGAUACUGGUGGACUUAAUGCUCCACUCACAAAAAAUAAAACAGAUAUAUGUUAAAAUAUGCUAUAUGACUUGUAGAUGUUUAAGACAUUCACAUCGAAAAAAUAUUUAUUAAUUGAAAGAUUAUCAUUGUUUAGAUAAUUAAAUUUGGUAUGAAAUGUGAUUAUUUAAGAAUACAUGUUUUAAAUAUCGUAUCCUCUGUAUUGGAAAUCAAUAUUUUGUAGGAUUAUAAAUUAAGUUUUAUUAUAAGUAGAUGAUAAUUUCGCAAAUUAAUUAUAUGUAAAAAAAAUUACUCAACAAGACACAUCAAAAAAUGUGUUUGAAGGAAAAA